AUGUCCGAACGGAAAGUUUUAAACAAAUACUACCCACCUGACUUUGACCCAUCGAAGAUCCCGAAACUCAAGCUACCCAAGGACCGGCAGUAUGUGGUGCGGCUGAUGGCCCUCAACAUGAGGUGUAAGACUUGUGGAGAAUACAUCUACAAAGGGAAGAAGUUCAACACACGAAAGGAAACAGUCCAGAACGAGGCCUACCUGGGCCUGCCAAUCUUCCGAUUCUACAUCAAGUGCACUCGCUGCUUGGCCGAGAUCACCUUCAAGACGGACCCAGAGAACACGUGUGCUUCCUCUUUUUUUCAGCUCGAGCUGCUAUCCUCAGUUGAACCUUUCACGUUGCGGACUGCUGGUCGGGCUGCAACAGUUUGGCGCCAGAACUGGGACCUGAAGAAUGGCAGAGGGAUGCUAAGAGAAAUGGCUGCUGCUGUGGAGCUCCACAGGAAAGGAUCUUCGUAUCGGACAUCGAAACAGCGGACAGUCCCCACUUCGAGAAGUGCUACUCAUAGGAACACACGGCUAAGCGAGUUAGAGUUUGAGAUUAAGCUUCAGAGGCUGACUAAUGAGCUUCGAGAACUAAAAAGGAUGUCAGAAGCAGAGAAGAAGGCUUGGCCACACGUGGACUUUGAAGCCAUGCUGCGGCAACACCGCCUGUCUCAGGAGCAGUGGCGACAGCAGCAGGAGGAGGAAGAUGAGCGGGAGACAGCUGCCUUGCUGGAGGAGGCUCACCAUCGAAGGCUUCCGGAUGAAUUCGACUCAGAGGAUGAGGCUCCACCUUCCCGACUACAGGCAGCUGCAAGACCCAAACUCACAGCCAUCCUCCACAAGGAACCAAAGACCAAGAGGAAGGCAGAGGCCCUGUGCAGCAAAGCACAGUUGGCAGGCUUGGUUGUACCAAACAAGGUAAAGACAGAAGCCAAAGGAGGCUCAGAGCAAGUCAAGGUGCCCGCCGCUGGUGCCCCCGAGAACAGGAAGGCAGCCAACCCUACACCCCAGACAUCUGGUGAGUCCUACCUGAGCCAGCUGGGUGUAUACAGGGAUAGUGAGCACAGUGACAACUGA